UCAAGUUUUAGCUGCAUGCAUAUGCCAAGAACAACCCUUUACUGUCGUCUGGUAACAGCAACUUCUCUCAUUAUACUAUUUCUUAUAGGUUUGUUCCUGUCUUCAACUAGCUACAUAUGGAGCUCAACUGAAUGGUCGCCUGCAGCCAUCCGCGAAUCAGAUGUAUGCUGGAACUGCACUGCUGAACCUAACCCUGUGAUCCCCCGUAUCAUCCAUCAAACAUGGAAGAACGAGAGCAUUCCAAAGAAAUGGCACAAGGCUCAUGGCGCAUGCAAGUACUGGCACAAGCGUACCAACUGGACUCACUACUUUUGGACCGAUCACGACACUCGCGAGUUUCUUCGAAUUCUCUAUCCUGACUUCCUUCCAACUUAUGAUGGCUAUAAAUAUCCUAUCCAGCGUGUAGACGCGGUACGCUAUUUCAUCUUGUAUGAAUAUGGAGGCAUUUACAUGGAUCUGGAUAUCGGAUGCAUGAAAUCCCUCGACCCAUUGUUGAGAUAUCCUGCCAUUAUCCCAAAAACUACUCCCAUCGGUUUCUCUAAUGAUUUUAUGGCUUCUCGACCUAAACACCCUUUAUUCAAAAGACUAGUCGAUGAACUACCAAAAUCAAAUCAUAACUGGUUUCUUCCCUAUGCAACAGUGUUUUUCUCCACCGGUCCCAUGUUUUUAAACAUCAAUGUAAAAGACUUUCUGCACAAAGAUCCAGUUCAGCCGCAAAAGAUUGAAUAUGACUACCGCGAAGCAAAAGACAGCCAAAACCAAACCUAUAUCAAGCGUCUGCCAAAAGUAGUAGACUUGGACUCGGUGUAUGUAUUGGAGCCACUCUUGUAUAGCGGCGGCAUGCCACGUGCUUUCUUUAUGCAUUUUGAAGGAAAUAGCUGGCAUAGUAGCGAUGCAUCAUAUAUCCUGUAUUUCUGGAGUUCAAUCAAACCGCCUUGGUCAAGUCUUUUCAUGUUUAAAUUGGUCCUUUUGUGCUGCAUACCAGCUGGGAUAUAUGCGUCGUUCAAGUACCAUCGGAAAAAGUCGAUGAAUGGGCGAAAGACACGUAGAAUGGAUUAGUUGAACCAUGAAGUGUGUAGAUCAAGACUUUUUUUGAAAUAUAUAUAUGCUGACCGCUUU